AUGAUACCAACUCCUAACUUAGAUCAUUUAUCACCCGGAGACUAUGAACUUGUAUAUGAACCAGCAGAAGAUACAUUUUUAUUGCUUGAUGCACUUGAAAAAGAUGCUGAAUUUUUAAGAAAUGAGAUUAAACCUUGUAUAUGUUUAGAAAUUGGAUCAGGUACAGGGUGCGUAUCAACAUUUCUUGGAAAAAUACUUGGUGAUGGAACAGCACUUUUAAUAUGUACAGAUAUAAAUCCAUAUGCAAGUGCCAUCACUAAUAAGACGGGAUAUCAUAAUUCGAUCCAAUUAGAUUCUAUUACUACCAAUUUAGUAAAUGGUCUUUUACCAAGGCUUUAUCAUUCAAUUGAUAUAUUAUGUUUUAAUCCACCUUAUGUUGUUACUACUUCUGAUGAUUUAUACUUAUCAAAAAGUAUUAUUGAGAAAGCAUGGGCCGGUGGAAUUGAUGGAAGAGAAAUUAUUGACAAAAUGUUACCAUUAGUUGAUAAAUUAUUAUCGGAUAAAGGUGUAUUUUAUCUUUUAUUAAUUAAUGAAAAUAAACCAAAUGAAGUUUGUGAAAUAAUGAAAAAUAAUUAUCAUUUACAAUCAGAAGUUUUAUUAUCGCGUUUAGCAGGAAGAGAAAAACAGUUGAUCUUGAAAUUUUGGAGAAAUACCCGUUGA